AUGUCUCGACGUUACGAUUCACGGACCACCAUUUUCUCCCCUGAGGGCCGUCUGUACCAGGUCGAAUAUGCCCUUGAGGCAAUUUCCCACGCCGGAACCGCCCUUGGUAUUCUAGCCAAAGAUGGAAUUGUCCUUGCUGCCGAGAGGAAGGUGACCAGCAAGCUACUCGAGCAGGAUACGUCCGCCGAGAAGCUUUACACAAUCAACGAUAACAUGAUCUGCGCCGUUGCUGGUAUGAACGCCGACGCCAACAUCCUCAUCAAUUACGCCCGUCAAAAUGCCCAACGCUACCUCCUCACCUACAACGAAGAUAUUCCCUGCGAACAACUCGUCCGCCGACUGUGUGAUUUGAAGCAAGGAUAUACCCAGCACGGUGGUCUCCGUCCGUUUGGUGUUUCUUUCAUCUACGCCGGAUGGGACCACCUUCGUCAGUUCCAGCUCUACCAGAGUAACCCGAGUGGAAACUACGGUGGCUGGAAGGCUACAAGCGUUGGUGCCAACAACGCCAGCGCGCAGAGUCUGCUUAAGCAAGAUUACAAGGAGGACCAAACUUUGCAAGAGGCUUGCGCCAUGGCCGUCAAAGUUCUGAGCAAGACGAUGGACUCGACAAAGCUGAGCAGUGAGAAGAUUGAGUUCGCAACAGUGGGUAAGACCAAGGACGGCAAGAUCUACCACCAUCUUUGGAGCGCAGAUGAGAUUGAUGCCCUCCUGCGGGAACAAGGGCUGGCCAAGGUUGACGAUGAGCCUGAGGCGGGUGACAUCAAAUAA